AUGUCUUCGUCUACUAACAUACUCGCUACAAUGCAACUAGUACAAAAAUAUUUAUAUCAAUUCGGUGGGCCAGUAUUGAUAUUUAUUGGUACCAUUGGUUGUAUAUUAAAUUUAAUUGUAUUUAGUCAAAAGAAUCUAAGAAAAAGUCCAUGUUCAAUCUAUUUUAUUGCCCACAAUUAUGCUAAUUUUGUGUUCAUUUAUUUUUCAUUAUUAUUUGCAACAUUGAGUCUUGGAUAUGGUAUUGAUAUUAGUACAAAACAUAUAGUUAUAUGUCGAAUUCGUCUUUACAUUACCAUUUUAUCCAAUGUAUUAAGUCCAUUUUAUUUAGUUUUCGCUUCUAUUGAUCGAGUUGUAAUUACUUCACAAAAUGCUCUUACACGACGACGAAGUACUCGUCGUAUUGCUUGUAUAUGUAUUGCUAUUGGAACAUUAUUUUGGACAUUAUUGCAUACUCUUAUAUUAGUUUUCGCAAAUAUUAUACAAAUUGGCCCUAAUGCAUUUAUUUGUUAUUUUCAAUUAAGUGUUUACGUUUCAUUCUUAAGUUAUUACUCACUUUUCCGAGCAAUAACUGUACUUUCGUUAAUGAUAAUAUGUGGAAUAUGGUCUAUCAAGAAUGUUCGACAUCUUCAACAAGUUAGACCAGCUGCCAGUCUGUCUGCAACUGUAGCAACUGAUCAGCAUUCUCAUUCAUCAAAAGAUCGUCAACUUUUCUUUAUAUUACUGAUCGAUAUUGUCAUCUAUGCAUUAUUUAGUUUUGCAUUUGCAUUUUAUCUCAUCUAUCAACAAAUAACACAAAAUGAUAUUAAAAAUGCUGGGCGAACACAAAUAGAAACUAUUAGUAGUAAUCUAUGUCAAUUUAGUGGUACUAUUCCAUUUUGUAUUAGUUUUUAUGGAAAUUUCAUCAUAUCGAAAACAUUUCGAAAUGAAGUCAAGAAAAUACUUUCAUGUCAACAAUGUUUUCGUCUGCAUUAA